GUGGUUCGCUACUUGGCUGGAUGUGGAUUGCAGAGUUGUCUUUUGUUGAUUUCUAAAGGCUAUCCAGACAUUGGGUGGAAUCCAGUUGAAGGAGAGCGAUAUUUGGAUUUUCUUCGUUUUGCUGUUUUUUGCAAUGGAGAAAGUGUGGAGGAGAACGCUAAUGUUGUAGUCAGGCUGCUUAUCCGUCGACCUGAAUGUUUCGGUCCAGCUUUAAGAGGAGAAGGAGGUAACGGGUUACUUGCUGCCAUGGAGGAAGCAAUACAAAUAUCAGAAGAUCCAACAAGAGAUGGACCUUCCCUAAAUAAUGGAUCUAGUAAAACCCUUGAAAUGGAAGAACAAGAGGAUGACACUAUUCACAUGGGAAAUGCAAUCAUGACCUUCUAUGCUGCUUUGAUUGAUCUUUUAGGACGUUGUGCCCCUGAAAUGCAUCUAAUACAUGCUGGUAAAGGGGAAGCCAUUAGAAUCAGAUCAAUUCUACGGUCUUUGAUUCCACUGGAAGAUUUGGUGGGAGUAAUUAGUAUUCCUUUCCACAUGCCAACCAUAGCUAAAGAUGGUACUGUGGUGGAACCUGACAUGUCUGCGGGGUUUUGCCCAGAUCACAAGGCAGCCAUGGUUUUGUUCCUUGACAGGGUCUAUGGAAUUGAGGACCAGGAUUUUCUUCUACAUCUUCUUGAAGUUGGCUUUCUGCCAGAUCUUCGUGCUGCUGCUUCUUUAGAUACGGCUGCUUUAAGUGCUACAGAUAUGGCUUUGGCUCUGAAUCGAUACCUUUGCACAGCAGUCUUGCCUCUGUUGACCAGAUGUGCUCCUCUUUUUGCUGGCACAGAGCACCAUGCUUCCCUCAUCGAUUCCUUAUUACAUACUGUGUACAGACUCUCAAAGGGAUGCUCUCUUACCAAAGCUCAGCGAGAUUCUAUUGAAGAAUGUUUGCUGUCUAUCUGUGGGCAGUUGCGGCCUUCCAUGAUGCAGCAUUUGCUGAGAAGAUUAGUAUUUGAUGUUCCCCUAUUAAAUGAACAUGCAAAGAUGCCUCUCAAGUUGCUGACAAAUCAUUAUGAAAGAUGCUGGAAGUACUAUUGUUUGCCAGGUGGAUGGGGUAACUUUGGUGCAGCCUCUGAAGAAGAACUUCAUUUAUCGAGAAAGUUAUUCUGGGGUAUUUUUGAUGCUUUGUCUCAAAAGAAGUAUGAACAAGAACUGUUCAAACUGGCUUUGCCUUGUUUGAGUGCAGUUGCAGGAGCCUUGCCUCCAGACUAUAUGGAAUCAAAUUAUGUCAAUAUGAUGGAAAAACAGUCUUCAAUGGAUUCAGAUGGGAACUUUAAUCCUCAACCUGUUGAUACAUCAAACAUUACAAUCCCUGAAAAGCUAGAAUAUUUCAUUAACAAAUAUGCAGAACACUCUCAUGACAAAUGGUCGAUGGAAAAGUUUGCCAAUGGAUGGACGUAUGGUGAAACAUAUUCUGAAUCUGCAAAAGUGCAACCAUUAAUGAAACAAUAUAAGUUACUGUCUGAAAAGGAGAAAGAAAUUUAUCGAUGGCCAAUCAAAGAAUCACUGAAAACUAUGCUGGCAUGGGGAUGGCGAAUUGAAAGAACACGGGAAGGAGAUUCCAUGGCACUGUAUAAUCGGACACGUCGCAUAUCUCAAACCAGUCAAAUCUCUGUAGAUACAGCCCAUGGUUACACUCCUCGAGCAAUUGAUAUGAGCAAUGUCACCCUCUCCAGAGACGUACAUGCUAUGGCUGAGAUGAUGGCUGAAAACUACCAUAACAUAUGGGCAAAGAAAAAGAAAAUGGAGCUUGAAGCAAAAGUAGGAGGAGGCAACCAUCCUCUUCUUGUUCCUUAUGAUACACUCACAGCCAAAGAAAAAGCCAAGGAUAGAGAAAAAGCACAGGACAUCCUGAAAUUUCUACAGAUUAAUGGAUAUGUUGUUUCCAGAGGACUUAAGAACCUGGAAUUAGACACACCUUCUAUCGAGAAACGCUUUGCCUACAGUUUCCUUCAGCAACUUAUAAGAUACGUGGAUGAAGCCCAUCAGUACAUUCUGGAGUUUGAUGGUGGCAGCAGAGGCAAAGGAGAGCACUUCCCAUAUGAACAAGAAAUCAAGUUUUUUGCCAAAGUUGUGCUCCCUUUGAUUGAUCAGUAUUUUAAAAAUCAUCGCCUGUAUUUCUUAUCUGCAGCAAGUAGGCCUCUCAGCAGUGGAGGUCAUGCCUCUAAUAAAGAGAAAGAAAUGGUGACAAGCCUGUUCUGCAAACUUGGAGUUCUUGUCAGGCAUAGGAUUUCACUGUUUGGAAAUGAUGCAACAUCAAUAGUCAACUGUCUUCACAUACUGGGCCAGACCUUGGAUGCCAGGACUGUGAUGAAAACUGGUCUGGAAUCUGUUAAGAUGGCAUUGAGAGCAUUUUUGGACAACGCUGCUGAGGAUCUGGAGAAAACAAUGGAAAAUCUUAAGCAAGGCCAGUUUACACACAGCAGAAACCAGCCGAAAGGAGUUACACAAAUUAUUAAUUACACCACAGUUGCUCUCCUGCCAGUGCUAUCUUCAUUAUUUGAGCAUAUUGGACAGCACCAGUUUGGGGAAGAUUUGAUAUUGGAAGAUGUUCAGGUCUCCUGUUAUAGAAUAUUAGCCAGUUUAUAUGCUCUGGGAACCAGCAAGAGUAUCUAUGUAGAGCGGCAACGGUCAGCACUAGGAGAAUGCCUGGCCGCUUUCUCAGGUGCCUUUCCAGUGGCUUUUUUGGAAACUCAUUUGAACAAACAUAAUAUCUACUCAAUUUACAAUACCAAGAAUGCAAGAGACAGAGCAGUUCUCAACUUGCCUGCUAGUGUAGAUGAGGUUUGCCCAAAUAUUCCUUCCUUGGUGAAGCUAAUGGAAGAAAUUGUGGAAUUGGCAGAGUCUGGUAUUCGUUACACACAAAUGCCACAUAUCAUGGAAGUGAUACUGCCUAUGCUAUGUAGUUACAUGUCACACUGGUGGGAGCACGGGCCAGAAAACAACCCUGACAAGGCUGAAAUGUGUUGCACAGCCUUGACGUCAGAGCACAUGAACACCCUGUUGGGUAACAUAUUGAAAAUCAUCUAUAAUAACCUUGGAAUUGAUGAAGGAGCCUGGAUGAAGAGAUUAGCAGUGUUUUCCCAGCCCAUCAUCAGCAAAGCAAAGCCACAGCUCUUGAAGACGCACUUCCUGCCACUGAUGAAUAAGCUAAAGAAAAAAGCAGCAGUGGUUGUAUCAGAUGAAGAACAUCUAAGAGCAGAAGGCAGAGGUGAUAUGUCGGAGGCUGAACUGCUCAUCCUAGAUGAGUUCACCACUUUGGCACGGGACCUCUAUGCCUUCUACCCUUUGUUGAUUAGAUUUGUGGACUAUAACAGGGCAAAAUGGCUGAAAGAGCCCAACCCUGAAGCAGAAGAAUUGUUCCGCAUGGUGGCUGAGGUCUUCAUUUACUGGUCAAAGUCUCAUAAUUUCAAAAGGGAAGAGCAGAACUUUGUGGUACAAAAUGAAAUCAACAACAUGUCUUUCCUUAUCAGUGACACCAAAUCUAAGAUGUCCAAGGCAGCAGUUUCUGACCAGGAGAGAAAGAAGAUGAAGCGAAAAGGUGACCGGUACUCUAUGCAGACCUCUCUCAUUGUGGCAGCACUGAAGAGAUUACUUCCCAUUGGCCUAAACAUUUGUGCUCCUGGAGACCAAGAGCUAAUCACACUGGCCAAAAAUCGAUUCAGUAUGAAAGAUACUGAAGAUGAAGUACGAGAUAUCAUCCGCAGUAAUCUUCAUCUCCAGGGCAAGCUUGAGGAUCCCGCCAUUAGGUGGCAGAUGGCACUUUACAAAGAUUUACCAAACAGGACUGAAGAUUCCUCAGAUCCAGAGAAGACUGUGGAAAGGGUCCUUGACAUAGCUAAUGUACUGUUUCACCUGGAACAGGUUGAGCAUCCUCAGCGGUCCAAAAAAGCAGUGUGGCAUAAGCUGCUGUCUAAACAGAGGAAAAGAGCAGUAGUUGCCUGCUUUAGAAUGGCACCAUUGUAUAAUCUGCCAAGGCACCGAGCCGUCAAUCUCUUUCUUCAAGGCUAUGAUAAAUCUUGGAUUGAAACAGAAGAACACUAUUUUGAAGACAAACUGAUAGAAGACUUAGCAAAACCUGGGGAGGAACCACCAGAAGAAGAUGAAAGCCUUAAAAGAGUUGAUCCUUUACACCAACUUAUUCUGCUAUUCAGUCGAACAGCCUUGACUGAAAAAUGCAAAUUGGAAGAAGAUUUCCUGUAUAUGGCUUAUGCUGACAUUAUGGCAAAGAGCUGCCAUGAUGAAGAUGAUGAUGAUGGUGAAGAAGAAGUGAAGAGUUUUGAAGAAAAAGAAAUGGAAAAGCAAAAACUUCUGUAUCAACAAGCCAGACUGCAUGACCGGGGUGCUGCUGAGAUGGUUCUGCAGACAAUCAGUGCUAGUAAAGGUGAGAUGGGGCCUAUGGUUGCAGCUACCCUAAAGCUAGGGAUUGCCAUCUUAAAUGGAGGAAAUUCUACUGUUCAACAGAAGAUGCUUGACUACCUCAAGGAUAAGAAGGAUGUGGGAUUCUUUCAGAGCCUUGCUGGUCUUAUGCAGUCCUGUAGUGUUCUUGACCUAAAUGCAUUUGAACGUCAGAACAAAGCAGAAGGCCUUGGCAUGGUGACUGAAGAGGGAUCAGGAGAAAAGGUGAUGCAGGAUGAUGAGUUCACCUGUGACCUCUUCCGCUUUCUUCAGUUGCUUUGUGAAGGACAUAAUUCAGAUUUUCAGAAUUACCUGAGGACUCAGACUGGUAACAACACAACUGUUAAUAUUAUUAUUUCCACUGUGGAUUACUUACUAAGAGUUCAGGAAUCCAUUAGUGAUUUCUAUUGGUAUUAUUCUGGGAAGGAUGUUAUUGAUGAGCAAGGACAACGAAAUUUUUCCAAAGCCAUCCAGGUUGCAAAACAAGUUUUCAAUACUCUUACAGAGUAUAUCCAGGGACCAUGUACUGGGAAUCAGCAAAGUCUGGCACACAGCAGGCUAUGGGAUGCUGUAGUUGGUUUCCUUCAUGUGUUUGCCCACAUGCAGAUGAAGCUGUCUCAGGAUUCCAGUCAAAUUGAAUUACUGAAGGAAUUAAUGGAUCUUCAGAAGGAUAUGGUUGUCAUGUUGCUGUCUAUGCUGGAAGGUAAUGUUGUGAAUGGAACUAUUGGAAAGCAGAUGGUCGAUAUGCUUGUGGAAUCAUCCAACAAUGUGGAGAUGAUUCUGAAGUUUUUUGAUAUGUUCUUAAAAUUGAAGGAUUUGACUUCCUCUGAUGCAUUCAAAGAAUAUGAUCCUGAUGGUAAAGGGAUAAUUUCAAAGAGGGAUUUUCACAAGGCAAUGGAAAGUCAUAAGCAUUACACCCAGUCUGAAACUGAGUUUCUGCUAUCAUGUGCUGAAACAGAUGAGAAUGAGACUCUGGACUAUGAGGAGUUUGUGAAACGAUUCCAUGAACCUGCCAAAGACAUUGGUUUCAAUGUUGCUGUUCUCCUGACCAACCUGUCAGAACACAUGCCCCAUGAUACCCGCCUGCAAACUUUUCUUGAACUGUCAGAGAGUGUGCUGAAUUACUUUCAGCCUUUCCUUGGACGCAUAGAAAUCAUGGGCAGUGCGAAGCGCAUUGAACGAGUUUAUUUUGAAAUAAGUGAGUCAAGUCGGACUCAGUGGGAGAAACCUCAGGUAAAAGAGUCAAAGAGACAAUUUAUAUUUGAUGUUGUAAAUGAAGGCGGAGAGAAAGAAAAGAUGGAGCUUUUUGUUAAUUUCUGUGAGGAUACCAUCUUUGAAAUGCAACUGGCUGCCCAGAUCUCUGAGUCAGAUCUGAAUGAAAGGUCAGCAAAUAAAGAGGAGAAUGAGAAAGAUAAGCCUGAGGAACAGGAUCCUAGAAUGGGUUUUUUCUCUCUCGUGACCCUGAAGUCAGCAUUAGUAGCUCUCAAGUAUAACUUAAUGAUGCUUAUGAAAAUGUUCAGCAUGAAGAGCCUAAAGAAACAGAUGAAAAAAGUGAAGAAAAUGACCAUGAAGGACAUGGUUAUGGCUUUGUUUUCUUCCUAUUGGAACAUUUUGAUGGGCUUACUACAUUUUGCUUGUAGUGUCGUCCGGGGCUUUUUUCGCAUCAUAUGCAGUUUGCUGCUUGGGGGAAGCCUAGUAGAAGGAGCAAAGAAAAUCAAAGUGGCUGAACUAUUAGCUAAUAUGCCAGAUCCCACUCAGGAUGAGGUACGUGGGGAAGGAGAAGAGGGGGAGAGAAAGCCAACAGAAGCUGCAUUGCCUACAGAAGACUUGACAGAUCUGAGAACUUUAUCAGAUGAGAGUGAUCUACUCUCAGAUAUAUUUGGUUUGGAUUUGAAAAGAGAAGGUGGACAGUAUAAAUUGAUCCCUCACAAUCCAAAUGCUGGCUUGAGUGAUUUACUGACCACUCCCUCCUUAGCUCCAAUGCCUGAGGUGCAGGAAAAAAUCCAGGAGCAGCUGAAAGAAGAUGAAAAGGAAGAGAAGGAUGAAACAAAAUCUGAACCUGAAAAAGCAGAAGGAGAAGAUGGAGAGAAAGAAGAGAAAGCCAAGGAAGACAAAGGGAAACAGAAGUUAAGACAACUUCAUACUCACAGAUAUGGAGAACCAGAAGUUCAGGAAUCAGCUUUCUGGAAGAAAAUCAUUGCAUACCAACAGAAGCUUCUUAAUUAUUUUGCACGAAACUUCUACAACAUGAGGAUGUUGGCGUUGUUUGUUGCUUUUGCCAUCAACUUCAUCCUGCUUUUCUAUAAGGUCUCCACCUCUGCUGUGGCAGAAGAAAAAGAAGUUCCUGUGGUAUCAGCUGGUGAAAGUACCAAGUUGAACAGCCUGGAAAGCGACAACCAGAGGGUCAUUGCAGUGCAUUAUGUCCUGGAAGAAAGCAGUGGCUACAUGGAGCCCACACUGCGGAUUUUGGCCAUCCUACACACAGUCAUCUCAUUCUUCUGCAUCAUAGGGUAUUAUUGUUUGAAAGUUCCACUGGUUAUUUUUAAGAGAGAAAAGGAAGUGGCAAGAAAACUGGAAUUUGAUGGGCUGUAUAUAACUGAACAGCCAUCAGAAGAUGAUAUUAAAGGACAGUGGGAUAGACUUGUAAUCAACACACAGUCUUUUCCAAACAAUUAUUGGGACAAAUUUGUGAAAAGAAAGGUCAUGGAUAAAUAUGGUGAGUUCUAUGGCCGUGACAGGAUCAGUGAGUUACUGGGAAUGGACAAAGCUGCUCUCGAUUUCAGUGAUGCUCGAGAAAAGAAGAAACCAAAGAAGGAUAGCUCCUUAUCUGCUGUGCUAAAUUCCAUUGAUGUGAAGUAUCAGAUGUGGAAAUUAGGAGUUGUUUUCACUGAUAAUUCUUUCCUUUACCUAGCGUGGUACAUGACCAUGUCAGUCCUUGGCCAUUACAACAAUUUUUUCUUUGCUGCUCAUCUCCUUGACAUUGCAAUGGGAUUCAAGACAUUACGAACUAUCCUGUCGUCAGUGACCCACAAUGGCAAGCAGCUUGUCCUAACAGUAGGGUUACUGGCAGUAGUAGUGUACUUGUAUACAGUAGUGGCAUUCAAUUUUUUCCGCAAGUUCUACAACAAGAGUGAAGAUGGUGAUAUGCCGGACAUGAAAUGUGAUGAUAUGCUAACAUGCUACAUGUUUCACAUGUAUGUUGGAGUACGUGCAGGUGGAGGCAUUGGUGAUGAAAUAGAGGAUCCGGCAGGAGAUGAAUAUGAAAUCUAUCGUAUUAUCUUUGACAUAACUUUCUUCUUUUUUGUGAUUGUCAUCCUGCUUGCAAUUAUUCAAGGUUUAAUUAUUGAUGCUUUUGGUGAGUUAAGAGAUCAGCAAGAGCAAGUUAAGGAAGACAUGGAGACAAAGUGCUUUAUUUGUGGAAUAGGAAAUGACUACUUUGAUACAGUGCCCCAUGGCUUUGAAACACACACUCUACAGGAGCACAACUUGGCCAAUUAUUUGUUUUUUCUGAUGUAUCUUAUUAACAAAGAUGAAACGGAGCAUACAGGACAGGAAUCCUAUGUAUGGAAAAUGUAUCAAGAACGAUGCUGGGAGUUUUUCCCUGCUGGUGAUUGCUUCCGAAAACAAUACGAAGACCAGCUCAACUAAGAAGAGAUGAGGAUUUACAGAUGAAAAUAUGUCCCAACUCUUUUGGGAAUGUCUAAAAUCCCCAAAGUUGUGUGCUUUUUGGAGCACCAAAGCUGUGUUUUUAAUGACCCAACUGUGCUUUUAUUCUCUUGUGUAUUUGCUUUAAGAACACUGGAGUAAAGAAAAAUUAAAAAUAACAGCAACUCUGGAAAAAUGCCAACCAUUUGCACACACAAAAGAUAUCCCUACACAUAACAUGCACACAUAAGAAGAGACUUGUGACAGCUUAUUUCUGAAACUGCCAGAUGAUACCCUUGAUCACACACAGGGUGACAUAGUAGCAACACUCAUUCAAUCUGUUUAUUUCGUCAUCCUGGAAGGAACUAUGUGUAGUUCGCAGAGCACUGUAAAGGAUUGUUGUGGACACUAAGUUGUGGGGAAAUAGUGCCUUACUAUAUGUGGGUUGAGCUAUGCAGAAGAUGAGUGCAUGAUGACAUCAGCUUUUUUAUGUCCUCCCUUUCUUCCAAGUUAAUUUUUUUGUGCUUUUAGUGGGUUUGGGAGAAAGGGAUUUGAUUGUGCACAUCUUUUUAAUGACUGGAGUGUCUCAGGACAAGCUUAGGUUAUUCUCAUCCAGUUGAUUUCACAUUUACCUUCCUCUUUAUCUUUUGCUCUUAUUUUGGUAAUGCUCUGAUACAACACUGCACCUUUAUGAAAUCUUUGUAUGAAAACAAGAUGACUGCAAAAAACACUUUAACAAGAACUGUUUCAUUGCAUGUUUAUUAUGCAAGUUUAAAACAAUCAAAAAGCAACCUUCAGAAGCAAGAUGAUCAACAUGAAAAAACAGUCACAAUAAUUAUAUCCAUAGUAAUAAAGUGUUGUGGGCUUUAUUGUACAUCUGGAACAACUGUCAUCAGCCAACAAUGUAUAUGUUAGGAAUUUAACAGUAGAAUUGGUUUCUUUUCUUUUUCUUUCUUUCAUUUAUGCCACCUGUGAUUGAUAGUGGAGUUGAAGAUUUUCUUGUUAAAUUAUUUUUUAAAAGCAAA